CCUGUACUGUGUCCGCAGUCUCUGGUCAUCCCCUGUACUGUGUCCGCAGUCUUUGGUCAUCCCCUGUACUGUGUCCGCAGUCUCUGGUCAUCCCCUGUACUGUGUCCGCAGUCUCUGGUCAUCCCCUGUACUGUGUCCGCAGUCUCUGGUCAUCCCCUGUACUGUGUCCGCAGUCUCUGGUCAUCUCCUGUAGUAUGUCUGCAGUCCAUUGGUUCAGAAUAUUUUUUUUCUUGUUUUUCUCCUCUAAAACCUAGGUGUGUCUUUUGGAGA